AUGACAAAAGGCUGGAUAAAGGAUGAAGGUCAUGAAUGCCAUGAAUUUUUGGAUGAAGUCCAUGAAUGUUUGAUCUGGAUCGCUGGUGUUGCUGAUGAAAAUAUUCUGGAUAUGCAUUUAAAAAGGAUUCUAGAGAAUAUUAGGCAUGUGCUACAAGUGUGGACGUUGAAGAGCACCUUUAUCGGCUUGCACGUGACAUGGGCAUCACAAUUAUUACAUCUUCACAGGCAUAAGUUAGCGAAAAUCUAUAUUUCUUCAGACAGAAGGACUACCCACUCUUUUUGGCUUGCUUGUAACAUUUUAUGUGGGAACGAAGAAUUCAAGUGGUACCCUGCUGCUGCUGCUGCCAUGUUUCCAGCUUAUUAUGAGUUCAUACUUUUCCCUUUUGGGGACCUAGAUGCAUUCAUUGCAGCUAUUAUUGUGAGUAUUGCCUUCUCUUUCAUUCCUGCCUCGUUAGUUGUUGCUAUUAUGAAGACUAGGCUUAGAGCAAUGAUUGCAAGAGAUGAGUUCAGAAGUAGAAGAAACAAGGCUGCAACUAUAGUUCAGGUUGAUCUUGAAUAAGCGAAGGGGCAAUGGAUUGUAUUUUUUGUAUCUAAUUUGUUUGUAAAUUUUUGUUAGAACUUCUAUUGAUUUGUUUUAUCUUUCUAUGGAAC